AUGCGCCCCUGCGACCCCCACUGCUGGAUCACCCCAUGCCUGUGGCCCGCCAUACUUGUUGCGAUCUCCAUUCCCCUUAUCCCCCUUUCCCUCCAUUCCUCCCCACCUCUGUUCUGCACUGCGCUCUCCAUCCCCCCCAUCCCACUCACCCUCCGCUCCUCCCCAUACCCCUGUUCUGCACCGCAGCUGGUGGGGGCGCGCUACGGCGCCGUGCCUUGGACGUGGGUGACCCUCGCCGUGGCGCUUUGGAGGGAGCGGGUUUCUUCUACUGCCUUCCUUCCCCUUCUCACCGCCCUGCUCGGCCAGCUUGUCGUAACUAGUGCACAACGAAUCAACAAGUCUCCCUCCUCCCCCACCCACACCAGCCUAGUGGACGUGGAUGACCCGCGCCGCGGUGCCUCAGAGGGAGCGGGUUUCUUCUACGCCUCGGACAAGCCGGCUGACGCUGUCAUCGCCCUCACCCGCGCCCUCAAGCUCCUCGUGAGUGCUGCUGCCACGCGGCAAUUGCCAUUAUUCUUUCACUUGCAGCUUCGUCGUGGCGCUUCUGCUGCUAUGAUCCGGUUCAUUCUCCUCCAAAAUCGGCAGGGAAAGACACGCCUGGCGAAGUAUUAUGUUCCGCUAGAGGACUCGGAGAAGCACAAGCUUGAAUUCGAGGUUCACCGGCUGGUGGUUCAUCGCGAGCCCAAAUUCACAAACUUUGUCGAGUUCCGCACCUACAAGGUGAUCUACCGGCGCUAUGCAGGCCUCUUUUUCUCCCUCUGCGUUGACCUCACGGACAACGAGCUGGCUUACCUCGAGAGCAUCCAUCUCUUUGUGGAGAUUCUAGAUCACUUCUUCAGCAACGUCUGCGAGCUUGACCUGGUUUUUAAUUUCCACAAGGUUUACCUUAUCCUUGAUGAGUUUGUGCUUGCGGGCGAGCUUCAAGAAACAAGCAAAAAGGUUAUUAUUGAAAGGAUGGCAGAGUUGGAGAAGGCAGAGUAA